AUGGCGAUGGAGUCAGCCCCGGCGUCGGCUUCGGGGACUGUUGCCAUGGAGAUACCGGUGCGAGGUGCGCUCCCGGUGGUGGAGGAGGACGAGGGCUCCAUCGCUCCGGGGUCCGAGGAGCGAUUGCGGCACCGGCGCGGGGGAGGCAGACGCCGGCGCGGGGUGCCGUUCAACCGGAGCAGCUACUAUCUGCUGAUAGUGAUCGGGGAGAUCGGCACGGAGCAUCAGCUGGACGCAGCCAGAGCGCACAUAGAACGAGGAAUUCGAUCCUGGGACGUCGAUCUCAAGUGUUGCGACCUGGACCAGCAGCUGCAGCUGUUUGUAACUCGCCAUUCUGCCCACUUUUCCUCCGAGGCGGAUGUUGCCGCAUCCCGGCGCGCUGUGCUCCGCCGCCAGGUUGCGUUCCUCUUCAAACGUGCCAAAUCUCCUCCUCCGUCCUCCUGUCUCCCUCUUGACACACUCACGGGCACACGCAAUCUGCGACGCUCUCCUCUCGGUUCAGAUUUUCUCCUUCUUCUCCGCACAGACGUGACGUCUCUCCUUUCGCCACUGCGUAUCAAUCGGGAUUGCCCCACAUACAAGUCAGAAUGCAGUGUAGUAAAUCUCCCUGACGCAAAUAAGUUUUAUUUAGCUGGCUUGUGGAUACUGUCUUCUGGUCAGACGGCCAAAUGUCUUAGAACAGUGCGGGUCAAUCUCAACAUCUUGAAGCCUCAGCAGAGUCGUCAAAUAUCCUUUUUUGAUUCAAUAACGAUUACGAGAUUUUUUCUAUCUCGUCCUACAGGACAAAGGACCCUUCACCACAGGAGUGAUGUCCUAGAGACUGUAGUGCUUGUCAACCCUUCAGGAGAGACCGUUGUAUCAGAGAUCCUGUCUCUAGUUACAGACUCAGCAGGACAUAAGCUUGUGGUCCUUAGUGGCCAGAGCUCAGAUCACGGUGGCAUUCUUCUUCAAACGGGGAUUUUCAACUACCAGACCUUCUCAAGAAUCCUUACCGAUCCUGGGGUCAGUGAGCUCCUGGGAACCACAUCCCCCAAGCAGCAGGCUACACUUACUGUGUCCUGCCGCGGGGAGGUGGGCUGGAGCUCCCUGGGACAGCAGCAGAUACUGCAGGAGUUCCUGGAAUACAAACUAAACCCGGAACCUGUUCUCCACAGGAUGGAGGGUGUCACGGAGUUUACAGAGUACAUCUCUGAAACUGUUGACGUCCCCUCACCCUUUGAACUACUGGAGCCUCCUACAUCUGGGGGAUUCCUGAAGCUGUCAAAGCCAUGUUGUUACAUAUUUCCAGGCGGACGAGGUGACUCUGCUCUCUUUGCUGUGAAUGGGUUCAACAUCUUAGUGGAUGGAGGCUCCGAGAGAAAAUCCUGCUUCUGGAAGCUCGUCCGUCACUUGGACCGGAUCGACUCAAUUCUGCUCACACACAUCGGCGCUGACAAUCUCCCUGGUAUCAAUGGGCUUCUUCAAAGGAAGAUAGCAGAACAGGAAGAAGAGCAGUCUCAAGACUCCACCAACUACAGUGAAUGGAUGAAAAACCUGAUUUCUCCUGAGCUAGGUGUUGUGUUCUUCAACGUACCAGAAAAGCUCCGUAUGCCUGAAUCUAAUCUCAAAGUGAAACGCAGCAUCGAAGAAGCCUCACUUACUUUACAGUACCUUAACAAACUAGGAGUGAAGCCAGAGCCUCUAUUUCGAGUGGUCAGCAACACUAUUGAGCCCAUUACGCUUUUCCACAAAAUGGGGGUGGGCAGGUUAGACAUGUAUAUUCUCAACCCUGUCAAAGACAGUAAGGAAAUGCAGUUUUUAAUGCAGAAGUGGGCUGGUAACAGCAAGGCCAAAACUGGCAUUGUGCUGCCCAAUGGGAAAGAAGGAGAAAUAUCUGUGCCCUACCUGACGUCAGUUACGGCCUUAGUUGUCUGGCUUCCCGCCAACCCUACAGAAAAGAUAGUCAGAGUGCUGUUCCCAGGAAAUGCACCACAAAACAAGAUCCUAGAGGGCCUGGAAAAAUUAAAACACCUUGACUUCUUGCGCUAUCCUGUAGCCACACAAAAGGACAUCGCUUCAGGAGCUACUCCAUCAGCUGUUAAACAAACCAAGUUAAAACAAAGAACAGAUAGCAAAGAGAGUCUCAAAUCCUCCCCUAAGACCACAGCAAAGACUCCAAAGAAAGAAACUGAAGGACAAGAUGAUGUCUCAGCUACGACAGAGGCAAAAAGUGACUCGGUGAAGGAAAAUGUAUCAGAGAAAACAGAGGAGAAAAAGCCUGCCAAGACUAUAAAAUCUAAAACUGAAGUGCCAGAGAAGAAAAAACACCUUAAAGAAAAGUUACUAAAAAAGCAUUCCAAGGAAAGGGUCUCAAAAAUGGAUGAGAAGAAAGACAAGGAAAAGAAAGAGAUCAAGAAAAUAAAGAAAGAUGACUCUGCCAAAAAAGAUGAGAAAAAAGAUGGCAAGUCCAAAGAGGACAAGAAGAAAGAUGCAUCCAAACCUGAGCUGAGAAAAAUGACAAGGCCUGACCUAAAACCUCUUACACCUGAAGUGAGAAAAACUUUGCACAAAGCUAAAGUGUCAAGUAAAGCCAAAAGUGGUAAAAGCAAAGCUGCAAAAGCUGAAACUGAUGAACUCAAAGCAGAAGAGCCAAAACCUCAAGCAAUUAAACCGAAACCCGUUGAGAAUGGAGCUGCCAGGGUUACCUCCACACCCGAACACCUCAGCAAGGAUUUUGAAGUGCUAGAAAAAGUUGAGGCUGUAUCUGCAGAACCUGCCGAAGUUGAUUAUGUCUGCCCAGAACCAACAGCAGAAAGUCCUAGUCAAGAGAAGGAAGAAGCACAAGAUGUCAUUUCUGAGAUCCCACAUGGUACAAAGUCUCCAGAAAUGGAGGUGCCAGUCAAAGAGGUGAAAACUGAAACUGAUGACAGGGACAACGUGUCUAGUCAAGAAAAAGAAAUAGACGAAGCUCAAAAGUUUGAAGAUGAGGGAGCAGCAAGUCAGGAUGAGGAAGAAGAAGAGGAAGAGGCCCCAGUUAUAGAAAAGAAAGUACAAAGGGAAGAAGAGGAAGAAGAAGACAUGGGAAUAGGUGAAGAUGAGGAUGAAUCAAAAUGGAAAGAAGCAAAGGAUGAUGGGAUUGACAGAAAACAUGAGAUAGAAAAAAUGGAGAAAUCAGACCAUCUUGUAACUAAGGUAGUGGUUGAAGGAGAGAUCCAAAUAAGUUCAUCGAAGGACAAUAAAGAAGAAGAAGAGGAGGAAGAAGAGGCAAUUGAGAAAGCAGAGCUGGAAGAGGUAGAAGAUUUGGAUGUAAUAGCAGAUGAAGAAAUCAAAGACAAACCAACCAACACAUUGCAAAGCCAAGCAACUCAAAUCGUGACUGCAGCAAAAGAUGAAGAGGAGGAGGAAGAAGAAGGCUACCUAUCCCAUGUUGGAGGUAGCACUGCUCCAAUAACCUCAGUAGUUCAAGGAGCUGCUGCACCUGAGCCUGUCUCUUAUAUCCAAGAUGAGACGAUACCUGGUUACUCUGAGACAGAACAGACCAUCUCUGACGAGGAGAUUCACGAAGAAGCUGAGGAGAGAAUCCCACAUCUCCAAUAUGAUGUUGGUGCCUACGACGUCUCUGUCCCAGAUCAGACAGGCUCAUUUGUAAACAUUCACGGCAUGAGGGAGAUACAGGCUGCGGCUUUGACUGAGAAGGGUUUUAUUCCAUGCCUGCAAGAGCAGGUGUCAGUUUUCACCAAUAUAAUAACCGCUCCAUUGGCAGAAGAAGAGCAUGUAUCUUCGGCAACAUCAAUCACAGAGUAUGACAAAAUAUCCUCCUUUCCCACUUCUAUUGCUGAAGAUCAUUCUGUGGCAUCUGUCGCAGCACCCCCAUCUGAGGAACCAACUAAAACCCCGGUUCCUCUGUCGACAGCACCUGACACUACUCCAGGCAAAGAGCAGCCGCGUUCUGCCGAAACUCUUUCACCACCUUCUUUAGAAGAUGACAAACAAUCAAAGUCUCCAUCUAGUGAUUUACAGCUCCCUAUUGCAGAGGGGAAACCAGCAGCUGAGGUUUGUGAUGCUGCGGAAGAGGAGGAAGAAGAAGAGGAGGAAGAAGAUCAAACUCCUAAUGCUGACAUUUCACUUGAAAAACUCCAAGAGGGCUAUGCUUCUACCCAAGUGUUACAAAGCAAAGAGAUACACGUCAAAAAGCUCUCUGGCCCUGGGUCUCCUGAAGACACUCAACAUGACAUCAAAGCGGUCCAUCUACCUGUCGAAGAGGAAAAUAUUGACGCAGUCGCUCCUAAAGAUGUUUCAUCCGUUGUGCCUACCAGACCAUUUGGAUCUGACUCAAUAACUUCUGAGAGUGAAGAGCGUUGCUUCAGUCCAGAUGACAUCACUGUGAAAAUGGCUUCCCCUCAGCAGUCCCCACCCUCCAGUGCAGCUCAUUCUCCACUUCGUCAGUCACCAGUGGAGGUUAAGACAAAAGUGCUUCCAAGUUCAGAACCACAAAAGCAAGAGGAGCCAAUUUCUGAUGUAAUCGACACAAGUGACAUCAAAAUCAAAAUGAGAGACGACUCGGUAGAAGAGACGCAAAAGGAAGCUGACACACAGAAAGGAGAUCAGUUUGAAGUUGAAAUUGCAACAUCUGAAAAGAAGUCAUUUGAAAAGGACGUGAAAGAAAUUCCUGCGAUGGAGGAGCCAGAGAAAGACACAUCAGUAGUACCAAAAGAGGAAGAAAAACAGGCAGAAAGCAAAGUGAUUGUGGCUUCAUCAGUUACAGAAGUUCAAGUACCAGUUGAAGUUGGGAAGGACUCCCUUCUACCAUCUCAUGAUGAAGACAGUGAUGACACUUCCAAAGAGAAGGAGCCUAAAGUGCCUAUAUCAGAUAAAUAUACAGAAAGGGAGCAUGAUAAAAAAGAUGAUGAUGGCAAGAAAGAUGACAAAGAUGAUGAAAAGAGAGACAGUGACGAUGAUGAUGACAAAUCUGCACCAAAAACACUGACGUUAGUGCAGGACAAGGAUAAAAACGGCACUUUAAGAGAUAAACAAAUCAGUGAUCACCAAAAAGAUGAGUCUGACAUUCAGGUAGAAGAUCCUGCCACGAAGUCCAUCAUAGAUGAGGAUGCAGAGAAAGAUGCAAUAAAAGACAUUCCCUCAGAUAUCAGACUCGUCAAAGAACCAUUGUCAAUGGACACUUUCGCUGUUGAUAGGACCGUUAAAGAUGAACACAAAGGAUUUGAAAAAGACCACAUUCCAAUGGUCAAAACCAGUGAGCAACCAGAUUUAGAAACUCUUACAUUUGAGGCUAAACAAAUCAGAGAUGAGCAGACAAAAGACAAAACACCAGAGGAUCAAUUUGAUCUGAGAACUGAAGAAGAGUUUAAAGAGACAGAGGUCAAAAAAGAUAUGCCUGAAAAAAAAUUAAAAGAUGAGGAGAAGGACAAGAUAGACAAGAGUGACAUUGUUAGCUCUGUUAAGACAAAAGAAGAAGAGACUGAAAGGACCUACCCUUCAGAUAUCAAGCCUGUUCAAGAGGAGACCAAAGGGGUAGAAAAAGACAGCAUACCAACCUCUGAACAUUCCCCAGAUGUGACCAAAAAGGAGACAGAAAUUUCAGAUAUCACAUUGAAAGAAGACAAGCAUGAUGAAAAAGUAAUGGACGACGGCCAUGUGUGUGCCACCAAGUCCCUCACAGAUGAGCAGAGAGACGAGGUAGAGACUGGUGGCAUCACUGUUGCUACACUCAGCACAGAAAAAGAAGCUAUAAGUGAGCUGGAUGAAACUCUUUUAACUAAGAAAGAAGAGAAGGCACAAGAAAGUAGUAAAGAUGCAAUCUCGACAAUCAGCCUCAGUAGGGAGAAGGUAAAAGAUGUGAAAGUGAAUGAAGAUGAGAUUUCCGCUACUGAGACAUCGAUUGAACAAGAAAAUGAGAAAGUCACAAGUCAAGAAGACAGUGAAGACAAAGAUCAUGAUCGAGAUGUAACAAAAAGCAUGGAUGACCCUCAUGUCUCCAAACCUCCCAUAAAAGAUUACCAGAAAGAGGACACAGAGAAAACCAGCACUGUGGCCCUUCCAAGCACUAAAUUGGAAGAAAAACUUUCAAGCAAGGAAGAAACAACUCCUUGUAAACCAACAGUAGGAGAAGAAAGGGAAGAUGAGCAGAAUGGAUAUAUUGCAGAUAAGCUAGCCAAGAUGGAAGAAGAGUCUGCAAUCACAAGUGAAGACAUUUAUUUCUCUGCUAUACCAAAUAGGGCAGAAGCUAAAGAAACACUUCAAACUGGAAAACCAACCAUGGAAGAAGAAAAGGAGAAAGAGGAAAGCAAAGUUAUUUCUACCAUUAAAUCAGAUAAGAUAGGGGAAGGAGAUAUGUUAACAGGAGAAGAUGAUAAUGGUGUCAAAACAUCUAAGGAUGAAACAAAGAAAGAGGAUGUAAUUUUUGUACCAACUCCCACUGCACAAGACAAAGAAAUAUCUAAGGAUAUUAGUGCUGCUAAAAUACAAAUAGAAGGAAAAAAGGAGACAGUAGAUGAGGAGGAGGAAGUCCACCUCAAAUUAUCUAAGGAAGAUCAAGUAAAAGUUCAUUAUCCUAAUGAAGCCACCAAAAUCAGUAGAGACGAAAAAGAUAAGAUUACUGAUGGAACAGACCCCACUAAAUUGGAAGAAACAAAGGAUAUGGCUGGUUCUCACCCCUUCACAGAGGAGAAGAAGGUUGUAAUGACAGAUGUCAUAUCAGACAUGAAACUCAUCAAAGAGGAGGCAAAAGAAAUCGUUAAAGAGGAAGUUGAAUAUAAAGAAGUUCAGGUUAAGAAAGAAGAAACGACUGAUGUUUCGGAAUCUGCAUCUGUUAAGGAGGAGAAGAAGGAAGAUGUUGCUGUGACUUCUGUUAAAACAGCUACAGAAGGCAAAGAGGUAGGGAAACAAACCCAAGUGGCUAAGAUACAAGAAAAAAGCAUAGCUGAUGAAGACGAAUCAGUUUUGGGAAAAAUGAAAGAUAAGGAAACUGACCUGGGAGACACAAAGAAAGAAAAAGAAGCAGAUUCAACCACUGAACAACCCACUGACACAAAAUAUAAGGAGCCAUCUAAGGUUGAAAUCCCAGAAGAUGAAAAAACAGUUGGGGUCAAACAGGUCAUUCCCGAAGAUGAACUUUUCAAACAAGACGAAGUAAAUGAGAUACACACUCCAACAUGUAGCACGACUGAAGAGAAAAAGGGUAAAGCUGAGUCUGAAUCGAAGCGGGGUGAUAAAAAAGAGGCAGAUUUUACACAGGCCCAGAGUAUGAAAGAUGAGACAACGACAAAGGACAAUAUUAUCGAUAAGGGUGUUCAUGAAGAAACUACCGAUAAGCUUCCCGGAACUCAGACGGUGAAUGAAAGUAUCACUAAAGGAAUUCAGCAAGGCUUUUUGGUGAAAGACGACAUUUGUCCGUUUGCCAAAGAACGUGAAGCUGUUGGUCAUGAAGAGAAGAUGGGGAAAGAGAAAGACGACACACAUGUUGCUGAACUAAGUAAAGAGCAGAAAAUGGAGAAAGAACAGGAAAAAGAGGACACAUAUGACAGCGAAGACCUAAAGGAUGAAAAGACAAAACCAGCUCUAAAUGAAAAGAUGAUGGAAGGUAAGGAUUUAGCUUCCAUGAAGACUGAUAGCAUUACAGAGAAAGAAAAAUCUGACUACACUGAUGUAGAUCACACUAAAGAGGAGAAAUGGGAGAGAGAAGAAGUUCAGGAGAAAGACCUCGACAAAAGCUUAAAACAACCUUCUCAGACAAAACUGGGAGAAGAAGUGCUUGUUUCCAAGUCUGAUCACAAACCUGCAUUUGUAGUUCAUUCGUCAGAGGAAGACAGGGAAGAUGAAGAGGAGGAAGACAUUUGUAUGGGAGGAGCAGGUUCCAGGCCUUUGUCAGUGGAGCCAAGAAAAACUGACCUAGAUAUCUCCUCUGCGGGUUUUAGCCCACAGACAAGUGAUCAAACUCAGCCACCUCCGGCUCAACAGCCCACAGUAAUUAUCCCAACUCUUACAAUGCAGGAGCCAUCUCUGGAUGAAGAGAUAAAAGAGUUGGAAAAAGAAGAAUCCAGAUUUUUACCUGAAGCAGGCAAAGAUAUUGUGAAAGCACAAACCACCCCUGCGCCACUUGCCCAACCGGAAACAUCAUUUGAUAUUGUGACAUCACACCAAGCGGAAAAACCAGUCACCACUCCAGCAGCCAAAGCGGAACCAUUGUCUGAAUCAGCAGAGAAAAAGCCUGUGUUGUCAGCAAUAUCAAGCACUGACAGCCAACCGAGGAGCGGCACGCUUUCAAGUAUUGACAGCCAGUCCAGUGUAGAGGACACAAUGCAUCAAGACAGACAGACACUAUCUCAGAUGACCGUGGCAGUUUCUACAGAAAAGGCCACAGUGGAUGAAAAGGUGGCAAAGGAAGCAGAAAGGGAGAUGGAAGGAGAAAGAGAGAUGGCUUCUCCAGGGCUAUUGCAACCAUGUUCAUAUUUUAUGUUAGACAAAGAAUCCGAAGAUGGAAGUGACACUCCUGGAACUAAAAAAGGAGAUGUGGACGAAAGAAUGAGCUCAGAGAAGGAAGUUAUCAGUGGAAGCUCCACAGAUGACAAGCAAACCGCAGGGGCGUCUAAGUAUGAUCCGUACGAAAAGCCCAUUCCAAAACAUCAUGAUCUGGACUCAGGAGAAGAAAGAGAGGUUUCCUUAGAUUUGGAAAAUGCUUCGGACAUCUGCAUAGAUGAUAACCGAAGAACAGUCCAGGCAGAGAGUGGAGGGGCCAUGUUCCUCCUGGAUGAUCAGUACAAAGAGGAACCUUUGUCCUUCAGCAGAGUAGACUACAGCCCGGUGUCCCUCACAGAGAGUGAAAGAAGCAGCCACCCCAGUCCAAGUAACUCCCUUACUGAUCAAGACAGAGAAAAAGGCCAAGAGGAGGAGAGUGAAAGAGAAGAAAGAGUAGAUGUAUCUUGUGUUGAUAAGAGCUAUUCAUCCAUAGACAAACAAGAUAACAAAAUGUCCCAAGCUGCUGAGUCUUAUUCUUUCAGUCCCAAAGAGGACAAACCUGAAAAAUCAGAGAAAGAGAAAGAGGACGAGAAGGAAGAUUCUGCAGCCACUUCACAAAUGCAAGCAAGGAGAAAAAGUGAUGUAAUUUCUACCAGCGCUGAUAUACAGUCAGCACCUACUUCCUUAAGACAAGAAACAGCUUCUCCCUUGAGGAGCCACCCAGAUCUCAGUGCCUCAGCUUCUGGUGGCUUGUUUGGAGAAUUUAAAGGGAGUGAGACGACAGAAAAGGAAAAAGAAAAAUCCGAUGAGUCACAAAGAGAGAAAGUGGAUUCUUCUGACCAUCAAAGUGAAGGUUCUCCAUCAGGACGACACUCGCCUGCAGAAAAAGACAUUAUACCUCAACAAUCAUCACUGUUAGUAACACAAGAAUCACCUACUGACUCCAGGAUUGUUGCUGUGGCUACAUUUGCAGAACAGGAAACAGACAACAACGCUUUGGCAUCUGACAACAGUCAAAUUAGCAGCUCUGCAACAUGUAAAUCUUUAGGUUUUCCAGAAGGAAAAGAGAGUCUCAUAGACAAAAGGCUCCUGGUAGAAGGGGAAGAUUUCAAUGUUGAUGAUGAUGAAGAUGAUGAAGAGGAGGACGAAGAAGAAGAGGAGGAUGAAUCAAGCGAUGUUGAUAUGGAAAAGGGUGCCAGGGAACAGUCUGAAAAAGAGACCUGUAGACGUGAUUCGGAUGACAGUGUGAGAUCAGCAGCUAUAGAAGACUCAAACAAAAUGACUACGCUGUCUGAAUCAGGUUUCCUCAAAGCAGAAGCAGUCCAAUCAACUACUGAUGCCUCAGCUGUAAAAGAUCCAGACACAGACAAGAAAGAUUUGGCUGUAAAACCUUUAAAAGAGGAAGAUACAGUUCAAGACACAACACCAAACACCUUUGAAUCAAAGAGUCAAGAUGAAAGUAAAGUAAGUCUGUCGCCAGACCCAAGUUCACCUAAAAUGCCUGACAGCAGCUUUUCAACACCAGACACUCACAAACAAACAGAUAAGAUGGAAGAAGAGGACCGAAGCAAAACACAGUUGUUGCCUGAGCCAACAAUAGAAAGGGGAUUGUCAGUGGGAGACGAUGCCAUGACAAAAUUAGUGACUAGUCACCCAACGUCCACAAGCAGCUUUACUACCAGCUCUUUGGAAACUGAGUCAGUGGUGAAGCCCUCAUCCAGUCACUCUCCUCUCCUAACGAGUAGCUAUGCCGAAAUCGGCCAGAGGUCUGAAGGCUACGCUGAGCAUUUUUACAGUGAUCACAGUCAAGUUGAGUCAAAGGUGAACAAGAAAGAAACACUUGUUCUCUCAGAUAGCUCCACACUGUCCAAGCCAAGUGAUGAUAGAUAUUUCAGCCAAAGAGAUGCUGAAGAUGAUGGUCUAGUUCAGAGGGAGAUUUCAUACGUCACAGAAAAACAUGUGGAAACUACCUCAUCGGAAUACACAUACACCACCUUAACAUACUCUUCUUCAACGUUCUCCUCUACAUCUUCAGCACCAACGUCUUCUCUUUUGAGCCAGUCUUUAAAAGACACAACUGAAACAUUUUCAAUAUCACGCUCCGACGUACCUUUAACCAAAGAGGAGCCAUCGCUCAUGGCUGCAGCAACAAGCUCGUGCUUUGGAGGUUUUCAGAGAGAUGAAUACAUGGAGGUUAUGACGAAGCCUGCAGCACAAGUGUCCAAACCAUCAUCCACCACAGCAAAACAUACUGGGGAUAAAGAAUCAGAAUCAGACUUGAAGUCUGAGGCCGCUGCAUCCACCACUGCAGCUUCACCGCAAAGUACAGAAAGUUCAUUAACGUCCACAACAUGCUUUGAUAUCUCGCCUCUCCAAAGGGCUGACAGGAUGUCCCCAGAAAAGGAGCCAGUUACAGUUGAAAUAGAAGAUGGUACCCUACCAUGUCGUAUUGAAUGUGAAAAAAUCAAAGUUUCUGAGACGCUUUCAACAGAAACUCAGUCAUGUUCGUUGGAAAGUACUGUUCAUUUAACAGAAACAAAGACAGUCACCGUCGCCUCUACUGCUGUUUUGCCUAAACCUCUAAUAAUGGCCGAAAAAACUCAACUUACAGCCUCAUUCCCUUCACUAAGUGAUACUGGAGCUGCCAAAGCCUCAUGUGCCACAGGAGUGGAUGAGGAUAAAACACCGCAGAUAAAAGAAGAAAAGGCCAAUGGAAAGUUUGAACUGUUGAAGGAAGACACCAAAGUGUCAGAAAAAAGAAUGAGUGAGAAAGAUGAAAAGUCAGAAGAGCUGAAAAACACUGAAGUCAAACAGACAAAGGAGGAAAGUAAACGUGAUGGAAAGGCUGGUAAAGAAGAGAAAAUAGAAGCAGCUGAUCUCCCUCUGAGUGAAAAAGUAGAGUCUGGGAAGCAAGCAGAGGCUGAAAAAGUGGAGGAUAAAUACUUGUUGGUGAAGCCACCAGAGAGAUUAGAAGUAAGGAGAAAGAGCAGUAUAUCUGACUGGGAGCUACUACAAAGGCCUGAUGACUACCCCAGUGCCCCUCCACCAGGGUAUGGUGACGAUGAGGAGGAAGAAGAUAUAGAAGCAACUGAAUGGAUGGCCAGUUUGCAUGGUACCUCAAUGUCCACAUCAAAAGAUGCUUACCAGACAGAAACAUCUGGCAAAGGAGAGCGAAGGGCGGAUCGGCCCUCUGACCUGAACACUGGGGCAACCUCAUCUACAUCCCCUCAAGGCUUCUCAUCCUGUGAAUACAAACACAGCAAGGGAGAGCUUUCUCCAUCCUUCAUCAACCCAAGUCCUCAGCAGCUCUCCAGUGAUGAGGGUGAAGAAGGUACCUGCAGUGAGCACUCACAGGAAGGGGAUGAGGACGAUCACGAACCACACUCUGUGAAAAAGAGGUCGCAUAAGCAGAAGCGCCACCACACUCAGAGUCACCAUGGAGACUCUGGACAAGGGUCCCACCAGCUUCCAGGUGCAAUGUCAUCAGGUUUGGCUGUCACAUUAGCCGGAGAAGAAUCACCUCCAUCGUCGGGUAGUGAGUCGCUGCCUUCCCAGUCUGACUCUGAUGUCCCUCCAGAAACUGAAGAGUGCCCAUCCAUAACUGCAGAGGGAAAUUUGGACUCUGAUGAAGAUGCUGAGCAUCUACCAGUGGACAAAUUAUCAGCCUCUGGAACUGGAGGAGGCCAACAUUCUCCAAGAUCUUCUCAAAAAACUCAUGAUCCCCUCCCAACCCCUAUUAAGGACCCGCUUCCCCAUCCUCCUCACCCUGAUGCAUGUAUGGUAGACCCUGAGGCUCUUCUCAACGAUCACACCAGCACAGAAAAACCUCCAAAGAAGGAGCACAAGACCACCAAGGGCCUGAGAAAAGGCAAACCCAAGUCAGCCUCUCCUGCUCGUAGAGGGGAAGUACGGAAGAGGUCUUCUACUCCAGUGAAACAGGCAAAGGACUCUGCCUCCCCUCGAUCAUCUUCCGUUCGGAGAAAAGAUACUGAGAGAAGUUCCCGGCUGAUCAAAAUGUCUGAAACCCAAGGCUCAAGGAGUGAGAUUCACAACCCUGGAAAAGGCCUGGUCAAUGGCUUCAAGAGCAGUUCAGGAAACAACUCCCAGAAAUCUAGUUCAGCUGUCCCCCCUGGACCACCUGUCUAUGUCGACUUGGCAUAUGUACCUAACCACUGCAGUGCCAAGAACGUGGACCAGGAAUUCUUCAAGAGAGUGCGGGCUACAUACUACGUUGUGAGUGGGAAUGACCCGGGCAGCGGAGAACCUAGCCGUGGAGUCCUAGACGCUCUGCUGGAGGGCAAAGCUCAAUGGGGCUCUAAUUUACAAGUCACUCUGAUACCGACCCACGACACAGAGGUGACCCGGGAGUGGUACCAGCAGACGCAUGAGAGGCAGCAGGACUUGAACAUCAUGGUCCUGGCCUCCAGCAGUACCGUAGUCAUGCAGGACGAGUCUUUCCCCGCCUGCAAGAUCGAGUUCUGA